UUUAUUUCCCCCAAACCCCCUACAACAUCAUCCUUAACUUCCACAACCUUAAUGGCCCCGAAACAAACACUCUCCGGUUCCGGUGCCGGAAAACCUGUCGGUCUUUCGAAAGAACCGCAUUUUAGAGGCGUACGGAAGCGGCCGUGGGGUAGGUACGCGGCGGAGAUCCGUGAUCCCGGCAAGAAAAACCGUGUGUGGUUGGGAACCUUUGACACGGCGGAGGAGGCGGCACGCGCGUACGACAAGGCGGCGCGUGAGUUUCGUGGAGCUAAAGCCAAAACUAAUUUUCCUACACAUGAUGAUGUUGGUUUGUUGAAGGUGCAAAACUGUCCGACUCAGCGUAGUCCGAGUCAGACCAGUACUGUUGAGUCACCGAGUCGUGACUCAGUUCCAGUUCCGGUUCCGUUUCUAGAUCUCAACCUCUCGUACGGUGGAUCUCAGCCGUUUGUUAUUCAGUAUCCGUUCCACCAGAACAACCACCGGUUCUCCACCGGGUUUUACUCGCCGCCGGCGACCCAGAUGGUGUAUUUUGACCGGAUUUUCCGGCAACCCGCUAGUGUUUCAAAAAGUGACGACUCUAACUCAUCGGUGGUGGUUGACUUGAAGCUGUCGCCGUCGUCGUCGCCGCCGCGAAGGGCUGUGAUUGAUCUGAAUUUUCCGCCGGCGGCGGAAUAGGUUGAUUUUGACAGUCGUAAAGUUGAGAGUAAUUAGUAAUUACUAAUUAGUAGUGUUACCGGAGAACGAUUUAUGUUACCGUACGGCAGUAUAUACAAAUUCAGAUAUUAUCUUUUUUGCAGCAAGUAGAGAAACUUUGUGGUGUAAUGUUAAUGUUCUCUUGUUGUUGUUUGUUGACUUGCCGUUAUAUGUAAUGUUUGUUUAAUGGAAAUUCCGGUAGCUUUUUCCGGUUUGUGAUU